GCAAAGCAAAGCGAAAAUGGGCGUUCAUUCGUAUAUGCACAUAGAUACAUAGAUACAGGCAGGCGCAUGUAUAUUCAUCAUUGCCUCACGCUCCAAUCCACUCUCUCAAGCAAUCUCAAGAACGUUGCGGAUUUGCUUUUGGCCGGCCGUGGUUUUCUGGUGAUCUCUCAGAUCUGUCCGCAUUUCGGGGUUAUGUGAUUUUGAUUCAGUGUGGAAGAAGUAGAUCUCGAAGUUGGCUCCUCAAAAGAGAUCGAUGCGCCACGUGGGUGGCCAGAUGCAGCAGAGCAGCGCGGCUGCGGCAACCGCUCUCUACGAGAAUGCAGGACCAGGUGUGUCCGGUGGAGAUGCGGGGGAUGCCGUGAUGGCGCGGUGGCUCCAGUCUGCAGGGCUGCAGCAUCUGGCCUCUCCAAUGGCGUCUAAUGCUGUUGAUAAUCGUAUGCUCCCUAACCUCCUGAUGCAGGGUUAUGGGCCGCAAUCUGCAGAAGAGAAACAAAGGCUUUUCAAAUUAAUGAGGAAUCUCAACUUUAAUGGUGAAGCUGUGUCCGAGCCUUAUACUCCAAGUGCCCAAAGUUCUGGUGCAUUUGCUCCGUCGGAUGGGUUUUACUCUCCUGAAUUUAGGGGUGAUUUUGGAGCUGGACUGUUGGAUUUGCAUUCUAUGGAUGACACAGAGCUCUUAUCCGAUCAUGUUAUCACAGAACCGUUUGAGCCAUCGCCUUUCAUGCCUGCUCUGACCAAAGCCUUUGAAGGUGACCUUGAAGAGCCAACCGGCAGGCAGCAGAGAGGACAGUCGGAUACUGAAACACCUGCUGGACUGGCGGUUAAUGAUAAAGAAAACAGUGCAAGGGAAAAUAAUGUGGCGAAGAUUAAAGUUGUGGUGAGGAAGAGGCCUUUGAACAAGAAAGAAAUUGGUCGGAAAGAGGAUGAUAUAGUGACCGUCUCCAAUGAUGCCUACUUGACUGUUCAUGAGCCCAAAUUGAAGGUUGACCUGACUGCAUAUGUGGAGAAACAUGAGUUCUGCUUUGAUGCAGUUCUAGAUGAGUAUGUGACAAAUGAUGAGGUAUAUCGUACUACUGUGGAGCCAAUUAUACCCACCAUUUUUCAACGUACCAAGGCAACAUGUUUUGCAUACGGGCAGACAGGGAGUGGAAAGACGUACACCAUGCAGCCGUUACCUCUCAGGGCAGCAGAAGACCUUGUCAAACAUUUAAAUAAAGCAACAUAUCGGAAUCAAAGAUUCAAGCUAUGGCUUAGCUAUUUUGAGAUAUAUGGGGGAAAACUUUUUGAUCUUCUCAGCGACAGAAAGAAGCUAUGCAUGCGAGAAGAUGGAAGACAACAAGUUUGUAUUGUAGGGUUGCAGGAAUUUGAAGUCUCCGAUGUGCAUAUUGUGAAAGAAUAUAUUGAGAAGGGAAAUGCAGCUAGAAGCACCGGAUCUACUGGUGCUAAUGAAGAAUCUUCAAGAUCACAUGCGAUAUUGCAAUUAGUUGUGAAGAAACAUCCUGAGGUGAAAGAAUCUCGGAGGAAUAAUAAUGCAAAUGAUGCAAAUGAAUCCAGGAGUGGGAAGGUUGUUGGAAAAAUAUCUUUUAUUGAUCUGGCAGGUAGUGAGAGAGGUGCUGAUACUACCGAUAAUGAUCGACAGACACGAAUUGAAGGAGCAGAAAUCAACAAAAGUCUACUCGCACUCAAGGAGUGUAUACGCGCUCUGGAUAACGAUCAACUUCAUAUACCAUUCCGUGGAAGCAAACUUACGGAGGUUCUUCGUGAUUCCUUUGUUGGCAAUUCAAAGACUGUUAUGAUCUCUUGCAUUUCUCCAAAUGCUGGUUCAUGCGAGCAUACACUUAAUACUUUGAGAUAUGCCGAUAGGGUUAAGAGUCUUUCGAAAAGUGGGAAUCCGAGGAAGGAUCAGAAUAGUUUACCUCCUAACGGAAAGGAAUCAUCGUCUGCUACAACUACGUCUGUUGCUGCUGAGCUAGAGGAUGUUCAUGAACACCUUCAAGAACUUAAAGUAUCAGAGUCAAGCAGAAAGGCUCUGGAGAAGGAAACUUCUUUCAAGAUGCCUACUGAUGAUGAGAAACAACCUGCAAAUUUUUUCUCCAAUUAUAGCCUUAAUGGCCGGGAGGAAAGUGGGGUCGCUGGUGGUGGAAUCGAACGUGAAAGGCUUGAUGUUAAAAAUGCUACCAGGGGUUCUACCAGUCAAAAGACUCUCCCAGUCGGUUACUAUCAGAGUUCAUCAUCCAAUAUAGAGGAGAAGCCACAGAAAGUAUCCCCACCUCGGCAAAAAGCCUAUAGGGAAGAUCGACUUGAAAAACUGGGAAAUGGUCCAAGGAAGGAUAGUGAUAUUUUGGACAUGCCGACUACUAAUUAUAAGCAGCAAAAUGUCAGCCAUUCUACUGCAUCGAGUGCUGGUGGCAGUAAGCAAUAUGAACUUGAGCCAAUGCCUGAUGGAAGUGUCAAUGAGAUUCUCGAGGAAGAAGAGGCCCUCAUUGCAGCCCACAGAAAAGAGAUUGAAGAUACUAUGGAGAUAGUUCGUGAAGAAAUGAAACUAUUGGCAGAAGUCGAUCAACCAGGCAGCCACAUUGACAACUACGUUACACAACUGAGUUUUGUACUGUCGCGCAAAGCAGCUAGCCUGGUUAGUCUUCAAGCUCGCCUAGCAAGAUUCCAGCAUCGGCUCAAAGAGCAGGAAAUACUGAGUCGAAAGAGGGUACCCCGCUGAAGCGAUACUUUUAUGCGCCAGUGAAAAUAAAAUGUUUCUUGUUUACUGUACCUAUUGUAGCUUACUUUUAUCACCAAGUAUACAUACAGAAUUACCUGGUGAAGUUUGUAUUUGUGAAAAAAAAAAAAAAAACAAAACAAAAAACAAA